AUGGUGGUGUUUAUAGACCAUUCACUGGAUGACGUUUCUUUUUGUGAACCAGCGAGUGGCUUCCGCCCAGGGAAUGCCCCGCCGUCGUCGCUCGCGAAGGACAGCCGUUUUGUGCUCGCCGCCCCCCAGCCUCAACUGGGAGCUGGAAACCCUACCAGGAAUAAUAUAGCCGAUGGAAAUGGAUCGGAGAAAGAUGGGGAUUCUUCAAGCCUAAAUGGCAUUAUAUCGAUGGCAUUACGCUGCUACCCGAACGAGGUUAUCGACAGUAUAAUAAGCAACUCUUCCUCGCAGCUGUCUAAUAAUAACUGGGGCGGACUUCUCCCAAACCGAAAUGGCAGUCUUAAUUGGGGCAAAGUCGGAUGUUGCGCUAGAGAUUUGGUUGAUAAAUGUCAACGAUGCGAUGAAUAUGUUUGUAGGAAUUGUACAAUCAAACCUCCUUCAUUGGCCAACUUGAAAAGUCGUUUACGACGAAUUUGCCCAGCCUGUAUCGAUGCGCCCCUAAUUGACCAUGGAAAUGGAUUUAACGCCAAUGGAUCAACGUCAGGCCUGCACCUAUGCAAUUGUGAUACCAACUCCUGGUACUGUCGACCAUGUGGUCAACAUUUAAGAUGUGAGGACGUUACCUACCAACGUGUCUGGUCAUGGCGCAAUAGAUAUAAUGAAUUUCUUGGCGGCGGUGGCCAUUGGGUUGGCUUUGGUGACUGUGGCCAAGGUGUCCAAUGUGGCCUCGAACAGAGAUGCCUUGCUGCUGAAUACAUUGAGGUAGAGGUGGACUGUGAAGCUGGAGACUGGGCGGCAGAAUUUUCCCAUUCUGAUAAUUCGAGUAACUCCGCCAUCGACAAUUUUCGCCACCCGAACUCGCUCUCGCAUUCGGAGGGUCGGGAUGACGAGGAACCAGGCUACCUUAGACAGGAAAUUGAGGGAAUCGGAGGCAUCGUAAAGCAAAAAGUUAAGAAGAGGGUCCGUGUUGGAGCUAGUGUUGAGGAAUGUGACGAUGACCGCGAAACAACAACAUAUUUGAAACAAGAAACCUCUGGGGCCGUGCGAAUCACAUCGGGGUACGAUGUGACUCCUGGCUUCCAGCCUUGUGACUUCUGUAGGCUAUGCUGA